AAGCGAAUUCAACCCGGAAGUGAGGUGCUCCUCGUACAGAAGAUGGUGUCUUCCUCAGCGUAGAGCUAGAAAAACUCAAAAAAUGAGCGAUAGAUAUUACUGGUCAAAUCAAAAGCAACGCGAUAAGAUGAAAUAUCUGCUAUUUGAGUGUCUGGAUAGUUCUUGUAAUUAAUAAACUACCUCUGAAGUUGAACAGUAUGGAUCUGAGCAGAGCCGGAGGAGGGUCCUACACGGACAAUCUCAUUGGGACUUUACUUGCUAUUUUUGGAAAUCUGCUUGUGAGCAUCUCCUUAAGCAUUCAGAAAUACAGCCAUGUGACGUUAGCGGGAACAAAAGACCCGCGUGCCUUCUACCGCACUAAAACCUGGUGGUCUGGUUUUGUGUUCACCUGUCUCGGGGAGGCAGCCAACUUUGUCUCUUACGCUUUUGCCCCCCUCGCUCUUGUAGCACCUCUUAAUGCGGUGUCUGUCCUGACAAGCUCAAUUUUGGGAUUUAUUUUUCUGCGUGAGAAGUCUAAACCAAAGGACUUUGCAAAGAACUAUGGGCUGACUUUCCUGGGUUACAUCCUCACUAUAGGAGGAACAUACCUCUUUGUAUCAUUUGGACCAAACUCUCAUGAAAAACUCCAAGCAGAGAACAUUGUGAAGCACCUUGUAGGGUGGCCUGUUCUCUUGUAUCUGCUCUUGGAGAUCAUCACGUUCUGCCUGCUUUUAUACUUCUACAAACAGCGCAGUGCUAACUACCUCAUUAUUAUUCUGCUGAUGGUCUCUUUACUGGGCUCGGUCACAGUCAUCACAGUGAAGGCGGUGUCAGGAAUGUUGGUUCUAACGGUUGAGGGCAACAUGCAGCUCAACUACCCAAUCUUCCAUGUCUUGUUUGUGUGCAUGGUGGCAUCAGUGGUCUUCCAGGCCAGGUUUCUCUCCCAAGCAUGUAAGCUGCACGACUCCUCUCUGAUUGCAAGUGUCAACUACAUCCUCUCCACCUUCUUUGCUGUGGUAGCUGGAGCUGUGUUUUACUUAGAGUUUAACAAUGAGGACGUCCUUCAUAUCUGCAUGUUUGUGUUGGGAACUGCAUUCUGUUUCCUUGGGGUCUUUCUCAUCACCAAAAGCAGGAAAAGUACCAAGACCUUUGAGCCAUAUGUCACAAUGGAUAUGACUAAUGGAGUCCCCGUUAUUCAUGACAAGGGCCUGGUCGUUCAGCCAGACUUCAAUGGUUCAUUCUCAUACGGGGCUCUUGUCAACAAUGACGGAGUGGCUCCUGCUACUGUACCAGUCACCCUGGAACAACCACCGGUCGGCUCCAGAUCCACUGAUGCAUCUCAUGACCAGCCUGACCUAAAGAAAGAUUUAAAGAAAGAUUGAAACAGUCCCCUUCUUUAUUCCAUGUAACAACAAACAACAUUGAAGGACCUUAAAAGGCUUAGAUGGGUAUUUUCUUUUCUGUUCUCAAAAAAAAAAACUGACCAACCUCCAGCCCUGUAGGCGGUGUCCACUGGGUGUUUUCAAUGCUCUCUUAUCGCCUUACACUCUUCUGUGCAUGCAUUCCUUUUUGAAAUCUCUGAACCAAAGCUGUAAUAAUUCCAGGAAUGAACAGAAGAAGCCUGAGGCUGUUGACUGUUAUAGUGGAUUCACAAAAAUGGUUUCAGAAAUAUGAAGGCAGAGAUAGUGCUGCGGCUUGAAGCUUCCUGCCUUAUACUCAGCGAGCACUGACCUCCACAAAUAUUGAGCAAUUUUCUUCCCAUUCACUCAACAAUAGAAAUAUAUCGCUAUGUGUUCUUCCAUUGAGGAUUUGUACUGAGUUAUUCCUCAAGUCAGGUUUGUUAUAAACCAAUAUUACAAUGUAGCUGCAGUGGUUUUCGGAAGACUUGCCAUUGAACAUUUACACUUUAAAUAUCUGCCUCUGAACAGUUUUCACUCACAGUUCUCUGCCUUUUGUUCUUGAAAUUUCAUUGAAUUACUGCUUUUCCUCAUGUGACCAAACACUGAGUGCAAUUAAUUUAAUUUAUUGUAACAUAUUUAUUAUUAUUCUCUUAAUAUCUGAUUUUAAUGUGCCUUGAAAAUUAGUCACACACUGGAUAGAUUAAGGUAGUGCUGUAAGGUAGUGCAUCACACAAGCAGGUGAGUGAUAAAUUACUGCGGCAGAUCAGGUAUGAAAAGGCAACUGUAAACUGUGCCUGUCUCAAUAUAAGUAAAAGAAUGAAUCAUUUAAAAAGGGAUGAAACUUUUGAGCAAACUAAUCUUACAGGAGGGAACUGGAAAAUAGCAUCUUGAAAUUACUGACAGUGUAAAACUAGUUUAAUGUCCAAGUAUUAAAAAAGCAGCCUAGAUUCAUUUUGCAUUGUACAUUACACUGUGCUUUUGGCAUCAAGAAGCUAAAGGUUUCCCUUUAACCUGAUGCCGGCAAACAGAUCUAGAAAUAAAGGAAUGUCGUUAAUAUUGCUUAUUUAACUUUUUUUUCCCUGUACAGUGUAUUUCCAUUGUAACCUCAUCAUUUUUUUCUUGUACAAGCUGAAAAGUAAUGAAUCGCUGCAUAAAUGGUACUUUCAGACACUUACUUUCUCCAGAUGCAGCACUGUGUCUCUUCAGUGUUAAUAGAGCAGAGCUAUGCAAAGACUUGAGGCCGAGCACAGUGUUCGGUAUGUGGUUAUUGUUGGUAAUGUGGCUGUUUUCUGAAAUCUUUUGUCUGUCAGCAUCACCGUGUAAAGCGGCUGAAACCAGUCAGGUUAAUUCGGCCAUCUAAUGAAACCAGGAUUCCUUUUAAAGACCAUUGCGCUGGCGCUGUACUGUAAGUGUCAACCUUUUCCACUGUAAAAUACAUGUAAUCUUGUGUCAUAAUGUUAUAAAGUAAUGCAGUUUUGGUGGA